ACUCGAAAGAUUUGCUGAUUGCGAGGCUGAUUGCCAUGGCUGCCUUCUUCAGGAUUGCAAAAAGGGUUUCUCUGCUAGCAAGAGCUCCUAAAACUAUCACUCCUGCUUUUAUAAACAGGAGCUACAGCUUAGCUGCAGCAGUUGAGACUGCUCCUGAAGUGUACACAAUUCCACCUCCUCAACCAAAAGAGAAGAAACCAGGUCAAUUGUCUCCUGAACAAGUCAAGCAAUACUUUAAUGAUGGAUUUGUACUAGUGCCUUCAUUCUUUACUAAAGAAGAAAUGAAACCAGUAAUGGAUGCUAUUGAAGAAUGUGUGGAUGUACUGGCUAAUAAUCUUUACAGAGGAGGCAAGAUAAAGGACAAGGCUGAGAGUGCUGGAUUAUACAAGAGGCUCAUCUUGCUUGAAGCUCAAUUCCCUGGAGCAGCUAUUAUUCUGCACAAGCUAGGAUACCUGCCAGUGGCAUUUAGAAACCUUUGGUCUAAUGAUCGUCUCCUCAAUCUUGAUGAGACAUGCCUCACUACUCAUCAAGCAACAGCCUGGAUACCACUCCUAGAUGCUACAAAGCUCAAUGGUUGCAUGCAAGUAGUCAAAGGAGGGCAUCGGGCUGGUAAGACUGCUACUCAUACCUGCUGUGCUGGAGGUACUUGGUAUGUUGAUUUAGCUGAGGAAGAGAUGGAGAAAACUCUUGGAGUUAACAUGAAGACUGACGUGGUCACUUGUGAAGUACCUUUGGGUGGAGUCCUCUUCCUCAAUAACUGCAUUCCUCACAGAAGUCUUGAAAACUUUUCUGAUAAAGUACGCUGGAGCCUUGACCUUCGUUGGCAGCGUCCUGAUAAAUCCAAUGGUUUCCAUGGUCUUAAGGAAUCCAUAUUGAUGCGUUCAGCUGAUAAUCCUAACUAUGUAAUCGAUUGGGAAGGAUUUGCAGCUUUGGAUCGUAAUAAACUUCAGAUGGGUGUUGAUGUCACUGAGGAAGAGAAAACAAAUGCAUUUGAUACAACAAUACAUGGUCCUUGGAUGAAUCGAUGGGUCAUAACACACCCAAACAGACACACAGAGUCCUUUAAAGCAGGUGGAAGCUCCUGGCACUCUCACACAAAAGCUUAAACUAGAAACAAUUGCAUAAGCUGUUUGAUAACUUUGUGUAUUUCUGCUGCAUUAAAUUUUUGUUAUUUUAAAGCUGUAUUGACUAUUGAUUGAUGUUAA